AAUCAAAACCCAAAAGUUGAGAGAGAAAUUAGGCGAUAGAUAGAUAGAUAAUGGUGCCUCGUCGUACUCGUCUUCCACCAAGGAUAACGAAGGAGUCGGAGGAGGCUCGUAUCGCGAGAAUGGAGGAGUAUUGGCCUCAAGUGUGGGAGUCCGAUGGGUUCGAUAUUGAGCACGUGAAGAGAAUAAGUGAUGGUUGAUAGGUUUUAAAUGCGAAGAUGAUGAUUAUCCCGUUGUUGUCGACCUCUAUGCUAAGAUGGGCCUUCAUCAAUACAAUAUGCGCAAGAUCCCUCUACCGAUGAUCACCAUGUUACUUUUCAGACUAGUGUUUUCGAAAAUUCAUUUAAUAGUUUCAAUGUCCAAUGUAACCUUGCUAGACCUAAAAUUGAAGCGACCAAGGUUAACUGGAAACGAAGAAAUUUACACCGCAAUUUCACCGUGCCUGAAUGUUGGCCGUCAGAUGAGGAUUUGGCUGCUGACAAAAGACCGAUUUUACGUGGUGCAGGAAUCUGAGUUGAAAGAUAAUGACUGGAUUCGCCUCUAUAUGGAACUUGCAUUUGUCACAACCAAUCGGAAGGAUGACGACAAUCACAAGCUGUCCGAGUUGGAGAUUGUCAAGGUAGUGGUAGAAGCCCGUAAUAAGAAACUCAAGGGAGCCAUAAACAAACUCAAGGGAGCCAUAAACGCAAAUAUUUACAUAGAAUAUACGCAGGACUUGGGCGAGAGUCGUCGUAAGUAUAGAACUAAAAUCAGAAGAGUCUUUGAUGUGAGAACCGGACUCCUUAAUCUUGUCGGUGACGAUCAGGUUCUUGGUCUCGUAGGCCACGACCAGGAACUUAGUCCCGUGGGCGCACAGUCAGUACCUUAGGGUUAAUUUAUAUUCGUUGUGUCAAUGGAGGAGGAUAAGGAAUAUGCAAAGAGGUUUUGUAGAUUCAAAAAAUAUCACCAAGUGUUCCAUGCUUUAAAAAAUUAGCACGGCAUGCUAAACUAAACUCAGCUAUAAAAUCCCCCAAUUUGGCAAUC